AAAAGAGUGUCACCAAAAAAAAUAUUUUUUUUACUCCUCCACCAAAACCAGAACUCCAGCCAAGAGGAUGGAUGCCGCCGGGCGCAGAGAGCCGGUCUGCAGGAGUCUGUUCGGCCCCGUGGACCACGAGCAGCUGCGCCGGGACUUGGCGCUCAAUCUGCGGGAGUUCGCGGAGCAGGACAGCCGCCGCUGGAACUUCAACUUCCAGACGGAGACGCCGCUGAGCGGCCGCUUCCAGUGGGACGAAGUCCCGGCCACCGCCGCCGCCGCUGCGGCCGUCUACCGGGAAUGCGCGCGGCCGACGGACGGCGCGUGCUGCUCGGCGGCGGCGCGCGACGGGGUGAGCGAGCGCGAGGACGGCGCUGGCAAAGACCAGGAGAACCGCUCGAGCGUGUCCAACACGCGCCGCUCGUGUCCCGCGGAAGCGACGACGGCCGCGCGCAGGAAGAGGACGCUCUCGAGACCGGCAGCCAAGCCCGGAAGAAACGCACGAAUCACAGAUUUCUUCGCAAAGCGGAGGAGGACGACAGAAAGCAGGAGCAUCCUGACUCCUUUCCUCACACGUUCCAGUGAAGCAGCUGCGUGCAAAACAUUACGGUGAACCCGCUGCGGGAAAAUGGACUUGUUAUGUUUUAUGGACUGGACCCAAAGACGAUUCACUGCACCAAAGGAUUCUAUUUAAUGUUCUUUUUUAUUUUUAUUUUAUUUAAUUAUUGCCAGUUUUAGUAUUUUAUCAACCGGGGUUAAAUUAUACGAUUUUGUGUUCUAUUAUUUAUUCUAUUUAUGGACUUUAACUUAAUGUCUAUGCAUUUUUUCCACUGCUAAUUUUUCCAAAUAUGUUUUAUUGUUUUUAUGCCUAAAUGCACUGAGGUUGUAAAUGGCUACACAUGUUGAUAUUUUAAUAAACCUUUUCAUCGAUUCUA